AUGGACUUCAUCAAUUAAUUAAUUGGCGGCCGCGGUGGCGGUGGUAAUUAUAAUCAAUAAUACUACGCCUAUAAUAAUAGAAAGCCUUAGUAUUCAGAUCAUUUGGAAGUUUAUCCAGCUUAUAUGCUAGAAAGACAUGAUUUAGAAAAGGGAAAUAAGAUUUUGUUGCCACCUUCUGUUUUAAAUACUCUUUCAGCAUCUAACUUACCCUAUCCUAUGAUUUUUUGUGUAUAAAAUACCUAUUUAAAUAAGCAGACAUAUGUAGGUGUGUUGGAAUUUAUAGCUCCUGAAGGUACUUGCUACAUUCCAUUUUGGAUGUUUUAGAUGUUAUAAUGCUUUGAUGGGUAAUAAAUUUAGGUAACUCUUGUCACUGAUGUAAAAAAAGGAAAAUUCGUAAAAAUUUAGCCACACGAAACUGCCUUUAUAGAUUUACCUGAUCCUAGAGCUAUCCUUGAAAAAGAAUUAAGAAACUAUACAGUUUUGCAUUAAGGAGAUACAAUUCACAUAGAAUUUAUGAAAUAGCAUUUUUAGAUUGAUAUUUUAGAAGUAAAACCUGCUAAUGAUUAUAAUGCAAUUUGUGUCGUUGAUGCAGAAAUCGAAGUAGAUUUCGCUAAGCCUUUGGAUUAUGUAGAGCAUCCCUUGCCAACUAUGACCAAAAAGGAAUCAAGUGUUGUCAUGGGUGAAGAAAAUUAGCCUAAAUAGGAGAAAAAUCCUUUCAGUGGAAAGGCUACUAGAAUAGAUGGUAAAGCUAUUGAUUAAAAGAAGUUAAAAAUGAAAGAAGAAGUAAAGGAAGAUUACGAUCCUAGAAAGCAUAGACUACCUAACGGUGUUAGAAGAAAAAUACUUAAUAACGAAUUCGUUGGUAAAUCAACUGUUAUUGGAAAGUCUAUGUCUACUAUGAAUAAAAAAAAAUGA